AUGAAGUUCAGCAGCGCUCUCGCCUUCAUGGCUGCGGCCGGAGCUCAGGCUCACUAUACUUUCCCCAAAGGCUACUCCACCGGCGCCGUCUCCGGCGAAUGGGAGCACAUCCGGACCACCGAGAACCGGUACUCCCACGGCCCCGUGCAAGACGUCACCUCGCAAGCCAUGACCUGCUACGAGCUCAACCCCGGCCAGGGAGCGCCCAAGACUCUGUCCGUGGCCGCCGGAUCCAACUACACCUUCACCGUCGACACCUCCAUCGGCCAUCCCGGUCCUUUGCACUUCUACAUGGCCAAGGUCCCCGCGGGCAAUACGGCUGCCAACUUUGACGGCAAGGGCGCGGUUUGGUUCAAGAUCUACCAGGACGGACCGAGUGGCUUGGGGACGAACAGUCUUAAGUGGCCUAGUGAUGGCAAAACCGAAGUCUCCGUCCGCCUCCCCUCCUGCCUUGCCUCUGGCGAAUACCUCCUUCGUGUGGAGCACAUCGCUCUGCAUUCUGCGAGCAGCGUUGGUGGCGCUCAGCUGUACAUUGCGUGCGCUCAGCUCAACGUCACCGGCGGCUCGGGAACGCUCAACACCAGCGGCAAGCUGGUCUCCUUCCCUGGUGCCUACAAGGCGACCGACCCCGGCAUUCUGUUCCAGCUUUAUUGGCCUCUUCCUACUAGCUACAUCAACCCGGGCCCGGCGGUUGCUGCUUGCAGGCGGAAGGAAGGCUCGCGAAAAAUUGGGAUAAUGGGGAGAUGGCGGGGGGAUAGAGGCUGA